CACCAUCAAAGCCUAGCUAGUCGGAAUAAGAAGAAGAAAUUGAUCAUCAAAACGUAUCAUUUUAUUUCUUCUUCAUAUUGUCUGCUAGGAUUUUGUUUGUCAUGAGGAAGCCAGAUCAUAACAAUCCAUCAACAAUGAUGAAGGAGAAGGAGAAAGGGAAUGGUAAUAAGGCAAAAUUAAGAAAAGGUUUAUGGUCACCAGAGGAAGAUGAGAAGCUGAUGAAUUACAUGUUAACAAAUGGGCAAGGGUGUUGGAGUGACAUUGCUAGAAAUGCUGGCUUGCAAAGGUGUGGCAAGAGUUGUCGCCUCCGAUGGAUUAAUUACUUGAGGCCUGACCUUAAACGCGGCGCCUUUUCUCCUCAAGAAGAAGAACUCAUUGUUCAUUUGCAUUCUAUUCUUGGAAAUAGGUGGUCACAAAUAGCGGCUCGUCUUCCAGGAAGGACAGACAAUGAAAUCAAGAAUUUCUGGAAUUCCACAAUAAAAAAGAGGCUGAAAAAUAACAACAACACGCCGUCGCCUAACACCAGCGAUUCAUCUUCAGAGCCUAGAGCUCUCAUGGGAGGAAUAUUCCCCAUGCAAGGGCACGACAUAAAUGUUAUCGCAGCCUUAUGCAUGGAUAAUUCCUCAUCUACUACCUCAGCAUCGUCCAUGCAGGCAAUGGUUCCUAGCAACCAGUUUAACCCUUUCCCUCAGCUUGACAAUACAAGCUACAACAUAACAGGAUUAGUUGGACCAAUGAGUUUAGGUCAGUUUGAUAGUAAUGGCGGUGAUGGUGGAUUUUCGGACUAUGGUGUUGUGGAGACUUAUAGUAUGAUGGGGUUAGGAAGUGAUGAUUUUUCAGUACCCCCAUUAGAGGGGGUUAAUAAGAGUACUAUGGGGGAGAAUAAUAAUAAUGUUAAUUUUAGUAGUAACAUUGUGACUGCUGCCAAUGACUAUAAUUCCAUGAUUGAGAAGAAAAAUACAAAUGGUAACAAUAACAACAACAACAACCAACACUUGAUGAAUAUGAGUGGGGGUAGUGAUCAAAGCCUCAAGGUUGAAGACUAUAUGGUUGGUUUUGGGAAUCAUCAUCAUUGGCAUGGGGAAAGCUUAAGAAUUGGAGAAUUUGAUUGGGAAGGUUUGUUGGCUAAUGUUUCCUCCUUACCUUACCUUGAUUUUCAAGUUGAAUAACUACUCCUUCACCCCACAUCCACAAUAAAGACAGAACUACCCUCUUUCAAAUAUCCUCUUCAUUUUUUUGAUAAUCGAGAAAUUCAGAAGGCCAGUGGUGCAAGGUUCAAACUGCAGUGAACAAUAGAUAUACUCAUCUACCCUUCUCCAUUUAAAUAAUCAGCUUUUGUCUCAAUUCUC